AUGGAGGAUUCCUACGAAAGCACAAUGCUUGUGAGUUCAUGGGACUAUGAUGUUGUGUUGGAAAAGAUCGGUUACGGCAAGGCUCAGUGGUUGCUUUUGCUGAUAAGUGGGCUCUUGACCAUAACAUCGGUUGCCUCUCAACAAGCUAUGGGGAUUAUUGUAAUUGCGUCCCACUGUGAGUUUCAAACAACUCAGGCUGAAAAGGGUCUAAUGAUGGCAUCUUGUGUGGCUGGUAUAUCUUUAUCUACUUACUUCUGGGGUUAUAUUAGCGAUAACUUUGGGCGACGUAAAGUGCUCCUCCAUGGAGUGUUCGUUAGCAAUGGACUACAAAUUAUUCUGAUGUUUGUUACCAACAUGUGGUUUUUCAAUAUUAUCAGCUUUCUUGGGGGUAUCAGUAUUGGAGGCAUUUCCGCAGCCCUUUAUGCAUAUUUGAGUGAAUUCCAUAUUCCCCGACAUCGAGCAGUUGUUGUUAACUAUUCCACAAUGUUUGUAAGUGUAACUGCAAUAUUUGUGCCAGCCACUGCAUGGAUGAUACUUUCGUCGGAUUGGUCCAUUGGUCUAGUUGGGGAUUUUGUUUUUCGUCCAUGGCGAUUUAUAAUGUUUGUUAAUCUACUGCCUGGUUUUCUUGCUGGUUUACUUCUAUUGUAUUAUCCGGAAAGUCCAAAAUUUUUGCUCUCACAAAACCAAAUCAAAGAAGCUGUCAGUGCUGUUGCCUGGAUUGGCCAAUUGAAUCGUGGUAUAUCCAUAAACCAAAUACUUAACUGUGAUGAAUUCACACUUAAACCAGAAAAUCAAAAUAGAAGUAUAUUGAUUAACAAAAAUAUAUUAUCAAAUAUUGCGCGUGCUACAAUGCCUCUUUUUCAUAAACCACAUGUCCUUAACUUUAUAUUGUGCAAUCUUGCGAUUUUCGGCAUGUUUUUCAGUUCAAAUGGUAUGCAAUUUUGGUUUCCUGAAAUUGUGAAUCGUUCGUCUAGGGCAGAAAAUGCAAACUCAUCCACUGUAUGCGAAAUAUUGUCUAACUCUUUUGCACAACAGAAAAGAUCAAUUGAUUUGACCUGCAUCAAUCCGAUAGAUAAAAAGACAUACAUUGAUAAUAUGAUAGUUGGUGUUGCCUUCUUAGUAGGCUUCUGCAUUCAAGGAACGCUACUUAAUCCCCUCGGUCGUAAAAACGUCCUUUUAGCUGCAUUAGUGGUGUCAACCAUAAGUGGAAUACUUUUGCACUUUGUUACAAACGCGACAGCGGUUUUAGUACUAUUUUGCCUUUAUAUACUUUUACCUGGACUAUCGAUUUCUAUUAUGUUGGGUGCAGUAGUGGAUUUUGUUCCCACUAAUUUAAGAGGAAAAGCUGUUAGUAUUUGCUUGUCUCUUGGACGACUAGGCAGUAUAGCCGCCACUAAUUUGAUGGGUAUAAUGUUACAGCCAUUAUGCAAUACAACAUUUGCGAUGUUUACCAGUGUACUAUUUGUUUGCAUUAUAAUCGUAUGUCGUGUGCCAAUUAAAAAUUCAACAUAAGAU